AUUAGUCGGUACAAUCGUUGUACAUGACCGAAGCAGACUGCAAUUGACCAUAGGUAGAAAAAGAUGCAUCACUAACUUGCUAGUCUUGAUAAAGGUCAAGACAGGUUAAUUAGCAUUUAGCAAGGCCAAUAAAUGACGCGUUCUUAGCUCGACUUACAAGGCGACGAAGACUUUUAUUACGAGCAUUUUUUUUAAUUCAAUAAUGAUUGGUUUAUGGCUUCUUAAAGGAUUGAGGAGUCUUCGUACCAAUCAUAGUUGUUGAAGCGAUGAUGAAGUUCUUACCUCUUGUUCCUCUUUGCUGUCUUCUUUUUGGCAUUUCGCCUCUUCUUGUCGCUCCUACUCCGACGUUGCUAUUUCAGGGAUUCAAUUGGGAGUCAUGUAAUAAACAAGGAGGAUUGUACAACUCUCUCAUGAACUCCGUUGAUGAUCUUGCUAGAGCUGGAGUCACACAUAUUUGGCUUCCUCCACCUAGCCACUCGGUUGCUCCUCAGGGGUAUUUGCCAGGAAGAUUGUAUGAUCUUGAUGCUUCUCAAUACGGAAACAAGCUUCAGCUGAAGACAUUGAUUAAAGCUUUUCAUCAAAAGGGAAUCAAAUGUAUUGCUGAUAUAGUGAUAAACCAUAGGUGUGCAGACUACAAAGAUGCAAGAGGGAUAUAUUGUAUAUUCGAAGGAGGAACUCCGGAUGAUCGCCUAGAUUGGGGUCCUUGGGCUAUUUGUAGGGAUGAUAUUGAAUAUUCAGAUGGCACUGGCCACCUAGAUACCGGAGCUAGUUAUCCUGCUGCUCCUGAUAUCGAUCAUCUGAAUUUACGUGUACAGAAAGAGCUGUCAGAUUGGAUGAAUUGGUUGAAAACUGAGAUUGGUUUCAGUGGUUGGAGGUUGGAUUAUGUUAAAGGUUAUGCACCUAACAUAACCAAGAUUUAUGUAAAGCAGACUAAACCGGACUUUGCUGUAGGAGAACUUUGGAACUCGAUUUCUACUCAAGAUGGUAAGCCGGUGUAUAAUCAAGAUGCACAUAGAAAUGAGCUAGCUACAUGGGUUGAAAAUGCUGGUGGAGGUGUUGUUACUGCGUUCGAUUUUACUACCAAAGGUAUCUUGCAAGCUGCAGUCCUAGACGAAUGGUGGCGAAUGAAGGACUCGUAUGGGCAACCGAGUGGAAUGAUUGGAAUUUCAUCAAGACAUGCUGUUACCUUCAUUGAUAACCAUGACACUGGAUCUACUCAAAAUAGGUGGCCGUUCCCAUCGGAUAAAGUUAUGCUAGGAUAUGCUUAUAUUCUUACUCAUCCCGGAAUUCCAUCAAUUUUCUAUGAUCAUUUUUUCGAAUGGGGACUAAAGGAGGAAAUCGUUAAGUUGGCUUCAAUCAGGGCAAGAAAUGGUAUAUGUGAAUCAAGUAGAGUGAAAAUAUUGGCCUCGGAUUCUGACCUUUACGUCGCCAUGAUUGAUGAAAAGAUUAUUGUUAAAACUGGUUCAAGAUAUGAUGUUGGUGACCUUGUUCCAUCAAAUUUUAAGAUUGCUACUUCAGGAAACGAUUACGCCGUGUGGGAGAGGGAAAGCUUAGUUGUAAUAUGAACGUUGACAAUUUGAUUGUCAACGGUUGCUUCAAAGUACUUGUCUUGCAUAAUUAUACUCUUGCAUUUAUAAUUAAUUUUCAUGUAUGUAUUUCUUUGAUCUUUAGAUGCUCAUAAAGAGUAGUCCAAUAUGUAAAAUCGAUAGACCUUUAAAGGACAAUUUAAUUACAGAGUAUAUAGACAAGAUUCGAUCCUAUAUU